AUGAAAGAAAAUCUUAAAACUGACACAAGUGAUGUGAUUUUUAAAAGAGAAGCCACUCGUUCUUUAAAAUAAAUUUGCAGCUCUCAAAUCUUUUUUGAGAACAAAAGACCUUCAACCAAAUAAUCUCUUUAUUAAAAAACAAGUCAGAAUUAAAUAAGAGUAUCUCAUUUCUAAACUCAAAUUAUACAUAGAAAUAAUCUAUUUAUAUAAAAUGAUAAGAAUAAUACCAUUAUAUCUGGAAAUACUUAUAUUACUAAAGCUAUGGAGUACUCUUACUUAAGAAUUUGUUGCGAAAAUUUAAUAGCACCAUUUGGUUGUUAAGUUCAAUGUUCUAGUGAAUUCUAAUUAAUGAUUUCAUAAAUUCAUCCAUUCCCAACUAAUUAUAAUUGUGAGUAAAUGAUUAAUAAUAGAGGAUUUGUUGUUUCAGUAAUAAAAGGUGAAUUUAUUUAUAUUUCAGCCAUUACUAGAAAAGAUUCAGAACUUUAAUUCAAUCUCUUAUUUAAUAUACAAUUUGAAGAAAUUUAAAGAGUUAAAACUCUUUAAGAUACACCAUCAUCAAAUGAUUUCUUAUAAAUGUUUAAAUUAUCUCAUUCCAAAUCUUUUUAAUAAAUAAUCAAUACAAAUAAGGAAUAAGCAGCAAUUAAAAAAAAUAGAUAUUAAGAUGAAAUAUCAAGGUCAGAAAGAUUCUUAAAAGUAUUAUCAACUAGGAACUUUUAAAGAUAAUCUAAGACACAAGCUAAAAUUUAAAAGCAAUAUCAAAUAAAAGCUAAGAAACUCUCUAAUUAAGAAAAAAUCCUUACAAAAAUUAUAGAUGACAAGAAAAGACAAAAAAUCAUUUUUGAAUAAUAAUGGGCCAUCAUUAUUUAUCUUAUAAAUAUGAGUUCAAGAGUAUUUAAUUUAUUUUGUCAUAAAAAGUAAAUAAUGAAAAAGAAUAGAUUAGUAGCAUUUAGAAUUAAAUCAUUAUUAAAAUAAAUGAAAAAAACAAUCAUAUGUUCAAAAGGAGAUACAUUAGAUACACGAGUUUUAGUUGAUAGUUUUAUGUCAAUUAAGGCUAAAACCAAAACUAUUAGAAAUAACCUAAGAAUGCACUAAAUUUAAAUAUUAUUACCAAUUUUAUCAUAAAGAUCUAAAAUUUACAAACUAAAAAUGUAAAUGUUAAAAUUAGGAGACAAAUUUUAAAUUAUCAAAAAACAUAUCUCUUAAUUUGAAGAAAAUUAUACAAAAUAUAAAAGUGAUAUGAUAAUCAAAUGGGAUAAUCUGAAUGAAAAGAUUAAGGAUGAAGAAAUCAAAUGGAAAUAAGCUGCUUUGAGAAAUAAAGGAUUAGUGAUUUGGUUUUAAGUUUUGAAAGAUAAGGAUUUGGCUUAAUAAAUGAGAAAAUGUUUUAUAUUUGAAUUAAUGAGAGAUAGAAUAAGAUAGCAUAUAAAGGAUUAAUAAUAAGUUAAGAAAUAUAGAAUGGAUUUAAAAUAUUAUAAAUAGAAAUUGAGAGUUUGUAGAGAUUUUACAGAAGCUACUACUUUUCGAGGAGAAAUCUUUAGAUUAACAAAUGAUAUAUAUGCUAUGCAUAUGAAAAAUCAAUUAUUUAUGCAUGUUGAUGUUGAGAAAUAUUUUCAUAUGUUAGUAAGUAAAUAUACAAUUCUAAUUGAUGAAUCUGAAAAUUUACCUCGUGAUUUAUAAAUUUAAUAGAGAUAGAAAUAAAGACAAUCUAGACUUACACUAAGGAGAGUUACAAGAAAAUCUAAAAUUUGA